AUGUUAUAUUUACAUUUAAAGGAAGAGGAAGCUGAAAGUGGUGAGGCACCAGCUAAACGGGGUAAACGAAAUUUGCCCCGGGUUUUCAUGGAUAUUCGUAUCGGUGGUGCGGAUGUCGGUCGAAUGGUGAUCGAAUUGCGAUCGGACAUAGUGCCUCGAACCGCGGAGAAUUUUCGUGCCUUGUGUACUGGCGAACGGGGUUUCGGCUACUACAAUUCCUGUUUCCAUCGUGUGAUCCCACAAUUUGUAUCCUUUUCAAUGUUGGUUUGGGGGAUGUGUCAAGGUGGUGACUUUACGAAGGGCGAUGGAACCGGUGGUAAAUCAAUCUACGGUCGAAAGUUUGACGACGAAAACUUCCAGUUACGCCACGAAGGACUGGGUGUUCUAUCCAUGGCCAAUUCCGGUCCCAAUACGAAUGGGUCGCAGUUCUUCAUUUGCACAGAUAAAUGUGACUGGUUAGACGGCAAGCAUGUGGUGUUCGGUCGGGUUAUUGAAGGUUUGAAUAUAGUCAAAAAGAUCGAGGUGAGUGUUUCAGCUAAGUUUGCGCAAUCUUUUGCUUUUUAA